AUGUCCACAAAUCCACAGGAAAGCGUCUACAUUGAAUUCCUCAACUACGACUGGGAUCAGUCGGCAGAUUUCCAGAAAUAUUUGAAGGAAUUGGGACAAGCAGAGGUUCCUAGUUCAGAUACUACGCAGCUUUUGGACCAGGCUAAAUCAUUCUUCUUUUGUCAAGAAACGGGCCAUAUUUUGAGUCUAGAUGAGUACGAAGAGUGGAAGUUGCAUAAUGGGGAUAAAUAUGACGAGAAAGCCAAAAUUAUUGAACUUGAUGCUGGGGCUGACUCUGGAGCUGAAACGGGAGCUAACACGGGGGCUCUGACUGAAACUGGAGCUGUUGAAUCGGGCGGUGAUAUCGGCACGGAAAUUGAAAAACGUUCAAACGCACAGCAAAUUGAAGAUGAUGCACCUUAUUCGUCCAAUUACCACAAUUUAAUAGAGCUAAUCAUGACGGGGCAACCAGUGCCGGGAGUCAAGGAGAUACCAGACACAGUGUUGAAAGAUCAAGGAUCAAGUUCAGUCAAGCCGCAAAGGAGCAAGCCGUGGGAGUUGCAUGCACUGACAGACGAUCUGGCCACUACUACUACUACUAUCACCACCACCACCACCUCAACUACAUGA